AUAUAUGUAGAGUGAAGCUAUUUUCUCCCUUGAGUUCUAUCACCGUCAGUUGCACGACACCUUUCGCGGAAACCGGUUCGACAAAUUUUGCGGCGCUUGCGUUCUCGUUCCUUUCAAUCCGUUCGUCUUUCAAUCAGCUGUGUUUUUGUUUUGCUUCCAUUCCGGUCAGAAGAAGGUUCUGCUGAAUUACAGCUUCCAACUUGAAAGAAUGGCACCGCUUCGCUGGGGAAUCAUUAGUGCUGGUAAAAUUUCGCACGAUUUCACUAAUGCCCUGUCCACCUGGCCGAAGGAAGAUCAUCAGGUGGUGGCCGUUAGUGCCCGGAAGCUGGACGAUGCUCAGAAAUUUGCAAAACUCCACGGAAUAGCCAAAGCCUACGAGGGCUAUGAAUCGCUGGCCAAAGAUGCCGAUGUCGAUGUGGUUUACAUUGGAGCCAUCAACACGACCCACUACGAAAUCGGAAUGAUGAUGUUGGACCAUGGCAAGCAUGUCCUGUGCGAAAAACCACUCUGCAUGAAUGAGGGCCAAUCGAAACGGUUGCUAGCUCAUGCCAAGGAGAAAAACUUGUUCCUGAUGGAAGCAAUUUGGUCCAGAUUUUUCCCGAGUUACAUUCUGCUGAAACAACGCAUCGAUUCCGGCGAGCUGGGCGAGAUCAAAGAGGUGGACGUUCAGUUCGGCUUCUACCUGUCGGACGUUGACCGGUUGCGUUUGAAAGGUCUCGGUGGGGGAACCGUGCUGGAUUUGGGCGUGUACACGAUUCAAGUUAUUCUGUGGGCCUUCCGUGGCGCUCCCACAAAAGUGGUGGCCAAGGGUCAGCUGAACGAGGAAGGAGUCGAUAUGGAAGUUUCCGCCGAGCUUCACUUCCCUGGGGGUGGCGUUGCCAAAAUGCAAACCAGUGGACUGAAAAAGUUGGAAAACAAGGCUGUUAUUCGGGGCAGCAAGGGCACUUUCACGCUACACGAUUUCUGGUGUCCCGUCUCGCUGACAGAUAUUGAUGGAUCGCACAAGGAGUUUCCGCUUCCGCCGGCGCCGCACUCCUUCAACUUCCCCAACAGCUGCGGUUUGCGCUUCGAGGCGGAGGAAACGCGACGCUGCAUCCGGGAGGGCCGACUCGAAUCGGAAACGGUGCCCCACGGCGAGAGUUUGCUGAUUGCCCGCAUCCAGGACCAGAUAAGGCAACAAAUUGGCGUUCAGUUCCCGGAGGACGCGCAGUUCAAAGCGUAAUCAGUGGGUGGUUAUUUUUAUUGCAUCUUUUAUAUUAGCAGUUGCUUGCCACACUCGUGCAGAUUGGCAUCAUCGAGCGAUUCGUUGGCUGGGUGGUUUCCACCAAUCAAAUAUGAUUGCAAAUUUUCUGCUUAAUCAUUGUUAUUAGAUGUUGAUUUUUGAAUAAAUGAUGAAAUUUGCGAUUUG